AUGCUUGUGAGAGAGUACACUAUUAAGCUUCUUGGUGCCUCUUUUCCAAAUAUUCCAGCAUCUGAGGUUGCGAAAUUUGUGAAUGGACUGUUUGAGUCGAGAUCCGACCUUUCUACAUUUAAGAACCACAUAUGGGAUUUCCUUGUGCAGUCCAAAGAGUUUUCAGCACAAGGAGAUACAUACAUACAUACUUUUAAUGUAUGGGAAUCAUCAUUUUUAAGAUACAUUGCUCCUAUAGUGGAUGAGAAUGACUCAUUGCUGGAUAUAUACUGCAGAAGUGAUAUCACUGCUUUGGCUAAAGACAGAGCAUAUGCCCAGAUUCACCUUAAUGAACUCAACAUUCAUCAGGUGAACACAAUCAGAGGACUCACCUUAAAAGGAGCUCCAAAAUCUGCUAAAGUGUAUGGAGGGCAGUUUAUGGGACAGCAUUAUACAUAGCAUUACACAUACUUUGCUUCAAAUGUUGGAUGAUGGAAGGUUGACUGAUGGUGAUCACCCAGAGAGUUUCGUAUGACUUAUUAUAUGAACAAGGAGGAAGUCACUCUUAGCAAGCUUCAAGGCCUACUGAGAACUGCUGAAAGUAGUUUGAAAGGCAAAUUUGUUGUUCCCACUCCUACCACUACUGCUGCCCCUGUCCUGGCAAUUGGACAUGGUAAAGGGAAGAAAAGGAAAGCUCCUUCAAAGAAUCACAAGGGAAAGUAUGGUGAUGGAUCCUCUUCUAGUGGGUCCAAAGGUGGUUCUGUUGCUUCCUCUUCCAAUCCAAAAGAAGCAGAUUGCUUCUACUGUCACGACAAAGGGCACUGGAAACGAAGCUGCCCCAAAUACUUGCAAGACAUCAAGGAUGGGAAGAUAAAGCCCACAUUCGCAAGGUCUAAAAAGAAGUAGGGAUGUGGAGCACGAGAAGAUGAACCUGAUCAUGGGGAAUAGGAAAGUGUCGCCUGUCACCAAGAUUGGAGUUUAUUCUUUAUUUCUUAGUAGUGGGCUAGAGUUAGA